AUUCUACAGAUAAACCUGUAAGUGGACCAGGAAGAGGGAAAAUUCGCUACAUUGGAGGAUAUGUUAUUGCAAAACUAAAGUAUAGAAACUCCCGGAUUGUCAGACAUUCAGCAUUUGCUCAUGGAAAAGGAAAUGUAAUGGAAAAGUGUGAGCGUCAAAAGAAUCUUUUAAACUCCUUAUGUUCAUCAGAGAUGAAUUUAAUUGACAACACUACAGAUCCAGAGAGUUUACUUGAGACAAAAAGAAAACAGAAUGUGUCUGGAAGCUUGUGUAAUAUACAGGAUCAUACUUUUGAUUUCUUCAGAGAACUAGAAUUGAAAUCUAGACAGUUAUUAACAUAUGGAAAACUUGUUGAGACCAAAUCAAAGUUUUAUGAAGUCAUUGAAAAACUGUUACUUGAAGACAUGCAAUCAAAAAGCUUAUUUGCAGACUUAUUGAGGAAAUUCAAAGAUGAAGACAAUGAUCAUGACAUGCUGGCAGUAACACCAUUUUGUGACCAGUGUAAAAUUUACAAGACUCUGGAUUACCUAUACACCGAACUUGUAAGUCUGUUCAUUAAAGUUUCCAUAAAUCAAUUCAGAAAGGAUUUCUUGACUGCACUGUCUGUUGAAAAAUCAAAAGCAUUAAGACAGAAAGUGAAAGAAAGGGAAGUGAAGAAGGGGAAACAUUUUGAUUUAAAAACAUUUCAGUAUGACAAUUCAGUAAACAAGAUUGCUUCUCAUUUAAGAAUAAAGAGUGAAAUUAUGAGACAAUCUGAAACCCUGGAAAUAAACUCCACAAAGGCACAAUUACUGGAUCUUUGUAAUGCAUAUGGUGUAAAGAUUUCCAAAAAGCAAGAAGAAAGCAGAAACCAACCAGUCUUUAGUAAAAGCAGUCCUUGAAGCUGAUUCCAUGAAAAAUCCAGAUGCCCUUAGUUCGACCUUAGCAUUAGUGAAGAACCCAGUGGAUCUAAUACUCCAGUUGUUGAAGUACAGACCAAACCAGGAUCUGGUGAAAUCCAGGCAGUUAAAAAUGAUUCAAACGUGACAGUGAACCAACCAGAAGCUAAUGUCAUCCUUCAAGGACCAAAGGAGUAUCAGUUUAUGCAUGGUUUCCAAACAUACUGAAGUUGAAAUAAAAAAUAUACUAGA